AUGGAAAGUACUAUAAAGGCAAAUCAAAACCAUUCGAUCGAUCUUGAAGACGCCUAUGCCGCAGAACAAUUUGAAUGGCUGCUGCAGUGGAAUAAUCAUUUUUGCCGGGAAACCGACGGGAAUAUUACGGAUUUGCAAAUGGGGACGCUUACUUUCAACUCCCUGAUGGACUUCCAAACUCAAAAAGCCAAGCUGGAGCAAACAGAGAAGAAGAUCCUCUUCUUGGUAAAUCGAGACCAAGAACAGCGGAUGACCAUAGACCAGUUAAAUGUCUUCAGCCUGGAACUACAAAGGACCAAUGAUAAGCUGUCCUCCGACUAUCAAACUCAGAAAGCCAAACUGGAGGAAGCAGAGAAGAAGAUCCUCUUCUUGGUAAAUCGAGAUCAAGAACAGGGGAUGACCAUUGACCAGUUAACUAACGACCUUAAGUUCAUAACAUCGCAGAAGGAACAGCUCACGAUUGAGCGUGAUGGGAUGGCAUUGCAAUUGGAGGAGCAGAAGGCCAGGUAUGAAGGAACCGUGGCUAAGCAGGAGCAGCAGAUCCGCUCGAUGCAGGUCAUCAUUUCGGAGUCGCAGCAGGAAAUCUGCCAGAAGGAGGCAAUGCGCCGCCAAUUGCUCGUGGACCUCGAAGGUCAGGCACAGGUGCAUCUGCAACAAAUGGAGGCACAGAAGGAGAGUCUGGAGGAGAACAAUGUGGACAGCAUUACGUGCUCCAUUUGCUGGGAGACCUGGGAUUCGGAUGGGGGCCAUCGGGUCGUCUCGCUGGCAUGUGGCCACCUAUUCGGGGACUCGUGCAUUCGAGGCUAUAUAAUGCGAAGUUCUAACUGCCCGAUUUGCCGACAGGCAGCUUACACCCAAGAUAUUCGCCGUAUCUUUGGUCGUCACGUCAUGCCCAACCAAACACAGUAA